AUCAAUGUUCCACGACUUUCCCUCAUUGUGCAUCAAUAAGAUCAUUGCAAUUUUCUUUCCUAUUCUUAACUUUGAUUCCUUUCGUCAAUUUCAGGGAAACAAUGUUCACAUUUACAUGAAUUAUAAACCCGGCCACUGCUUUGAAUAUAUUGUCGGACGAAAGGAAAUGAAAGAGUAUAAGUGAAAGCAUUAAAUGAGUUUGUUAUUAGUGAUUUAGAGAAUGGGGAAUGUGAUGACUGCAUUAUUAUCAGGUUUUGGUGAAAUUCUUGGCAAAUUGCUUGGUCAUCCACUUGAUUUUUUGUCUGGAAAGGCUUGUAGUUCAGUAUGUGCUCCAACAUGGGAUUUUCUAUGUUAUAUAGAGAACUUUUGCAUCCCUCAACUGAUGAAAUCGGCCAUGGUUUCAAUCCUCUUAUACUUCGUUCUCUUAUUCCUCUACUUACUUUAUAAGUUGGGAAUUUGUCAGUGCAUAUGUCACAUACUGUGUAGAACUACUUGGGCUUGCUUCACCACUUGCUUCUCAGCCCUAGAUUGCUGUUGCACUUGCCUUUGUUUCAAGCUUCAACAACUUCUUCUUACACCUAGACAUAAUAGAAGAAGUAGACAUCAAAAAGACAUUGAAAUAGCAGUGAAUAUUUCUAGCAAUUCUAGUGAAGCAGAAGGCUCUAUAAAAUUUGAUGAGACAAAGAGAAGAACAAGAAGAUCGAUGAGGGAACACAGGAAAGAGCAUAUGAGAAAGUCUUUGAGGCCAAAGAGUCAUAGAAUGCAAGCGGGAAUUUUUGAUGAAUCAAUCCACCACAAGAAGAAAAAGUUCAAAAAUGGGAAUAGUAAUCACUUUAGCCCUUUAUAUGAUCACAUUCGAGUGAGUAGAAGACCAAAAUUUGCACAAAAAGGAACAUUCAAGGGCUCAACACAUCCACGAAGGAGAACAUAAAGGGGUUCUUAGCUAUGUUGCUCGGACUCUUCAAACAUCUCGUCAAGUGUGUGUCGGAUCCAAAAAUAGUGCAUUUUUUUGGGACUCGACACGGGUGUGGUAGCACUUUUGGAGAGUCCAAGCAACGUAGGUUCUCAGUCCUUUUGUCUUUUAAAUCUUGUAAAUUUUGAAGUGUUCUCCUAACAUGUAACUUAUGUACCUUAAUAGUGUAAAAAAAUGUUAUGUUAUAGGACAUUUUAUCUUGUUUUAACAAAAAAGUCUUUGUAUUCAAAAUUACUGGUCCAAUGUUUUAUUGACGGUUAUACGUGCUAUCUUUUAUCAUUUUUUUGCGCGGAUUGCCCUUCUUUUGGGUGGUCUUUAAUUUUUGCCCCUCAAAUUUGUGGGCUUUAAUAUUUGUCCUUCGCUUAACACCUAGAGGUCCUGAGUUUGAACCCAGGCUCA